CCCGCGAACUAAGUAGUCUCGAGCAAAGUUGCUCUUUCCGUAAUCCGCGUGGAGGUCUGCGGCGGGAAAGGUAGCCAGCCGUCGCCGUGAUGACGUAGGGGUCUCCCUCUUCGUUUCUCUCCCGCGAUUGUUUCUCUCCCCACCUUUUUUUUCACGUGCGUGUUUGCGUCAGAAGGACGUUCGCGCGGCUGAUCUGGUUCCCGCCAGCUGCCCUUUCCACAAAACGAAGGGGAGGCUCGUCGGGUCUGGGUCUGGUGAAGCCGGGCUGGCGCGCCGUGAAGUAGAAAAGGGGGAGACCCCCAAAUAGAAGGGAGGCGACGGAGACGGCAUUUAUGCAAAGCGAGGCCCGAGACAGCCUGUGGAGGUCUGUUUAAAGAGUAGUCUUCAUUAUUUUCAAAGAAUCUUUGUAUGAAAAUAUGACUCCGCUAAAAGUACAUGGGUCUAUUCGCAUGCGGAGCAUACAUACUGGGACUACAAAAUGGAAAGAAGGGACAUUUGAAAUUGUGGAUAAAGACAGCAAAGUGAUUCUAGUAGUUCACUAUAAUGCUGGAGGAAUUCCAAAGGUAUUUCAGCUGAACCAUAAUAUUAAAAAUGUAGUUGUGCGACCAAGUAAAGGGAAAUUGUAUUGCCUGACGAUAACACUGAAAGAUUCUAGUGUUUUGACUCUUGAUAAAAUACCAUCCAAAGAUGCUGAUGAAAUGAAGCUGUAUCUGGAAGCCAUUCAAAACAGGAUUCAGACAGCUGUGAAAUUAUCUCAUGGAUCUGGCAGUUUUGGAGGAGUUUUAAGCAAUAGAGCUAUGCAGAAGGAUUCUAACAGACAGUUCCCAUCUCUUGAAACCCAGACUCCUAGAAGAGUGAUUGUAGAAAAUAAAGAUGAAGCUCCAUUUCGUAAAGUAUUGGGCAGCCCAGGAAGAGCAUCAAUUAGGAAUUCUCCAGUAACUGGAAUGUCUUUCAGCAGGGUCAAUAUUUCAGCUACUGCUGCUUCCACACCUCAUAGAACAGGACUGUUAGAAAACCGUGAAAGGCGGAAAAGGACACCACCUGUGGUUGAGAUGAAUGAAGAUUAUCCUAAAGAAAAUGAUUCAUCAAGUAAUAACAAAGCCAUGACUGAUCCAGCACGGAAAUUCUUACACAGCAGUAGGGAGAAGCAGCUGAAUUUGAAACAGGCUGAGGAGAACAGGACAUCAGGGCUUUUGCCUUUACAGUCAUCUUCAUUUUAUGGUAGCAGAUCUUCUACAAAGGAUUAUUCAGCUAGUAAUUCUAAUUUGGACAGGUCUAAUGUAUUGAAUCCUUCUGCUAAAAGAAGCUUAGGCUUUCUUUCUCAGCCAGCACCUCUUUCUGUCAAAAGACUGAGAUCUAAUCAGGAUUACAUGGGAUGGAACAAGCCUCGAGUCCCUCUUUCCACUCAUCCACAACAGCAGUUACAAGGAUUUACCAACUUAGGAAACACCUGUUACAUGAAUGCUAUUUUACAGUCUUUAUUUUCAAUUCAGUCAUUUGCUAAUGAUCUUUUGAAGCAAAGUAUCCCGUGGAAAAAAGUUCCAUUCAAUGCACUGAUCAGACGAUUUACCAAUUUACUUGCUAAAAAAGAUGCAUGUAGCCCUGAAGUAAAGAAAGAACUACUCAAGAAGGUGAAAAAUUCAAUUUCAGCUACGGCAGAGAGAUUCUCUGGCUAUAUGCAAAAUGAUGCUCAUGAAUUCCUAAGCCAGUGCUUGGAUCAGUUGAAGGAGGACAUGGAGAAACUGAACAAAACUUGGAAGAGUGAGCCUAUUUCUGGUGAAGACAGCUUGUCUGGACGCAUAUCUGAUGACCUUUCAGCCACCAAAGUUUAUACAUGUCCAGUAAUUGCAAAUUUAGAGUUUGAAGUUCAGCACUCAAUCAUAUGUAAAAUGUGUGGUGAAACCGUCACCAAGCGGGAACAAUUUAAUGAUCUUUCCAUUGACUUGCCACGAAGGAAAAAGCUUCUUCCUUCUCGAUCAAUCCAGGAUUCUUUGGACCUCUUUUUCCGGGCAGAGGAGAUAGAAUACUCCUGUGAGAAGUGCAGUGGAAAAUCUGCUCUUGUUACGCACAAAUUCAGUCGAUUUCCUAGGGUUUUAAUACUUCAUCUGAAACGGUACAGCUUCAAUGUGAUGCUCUCCCUCAAUCACAAAGUAGGACAGCAAGUGAUUAUUCCAAGAUUUUUAACUCUGCAAUCACAUUGUACAGAAACCACAAGGCCUCCACUUAAUCUUGGGUGGAGUGCACAAUCGGCCAUUUCUCGGCCAUUGAAAGUGUCCCAGAUGGUGAAUUCCUGCUCUGUAACCACUUCUACACCUUGUCGAAAAUACUCAUUCAAGUAUAAAAGUCCCAUUUUAAAUUCUUUGGAUUCAGACAGUGAAGAUGAACCACUAAAACGUCCUGUUGCAAACAGUCAGAAACAGUGUGAUUUCCAGAGCAGGGAACAGCAGCAAGAGGAGCUUGAGAAAGGCUCAAAGAAAAAUAAAACAGAAAAUCAUAAGUCUCCAGAGUCAGUAAAUAGUGGACUUGAAACAAUGAGUGAAGAUGAACUUCUAGCAGCUGUCCUGGAGAUUAGUAAACGUGAAGCAUCGCUGUCAAGCCAUGAUGAAGACAAGCCCACAAAUAGUCCAGAUACUGGCUUUGGAGAUGAUGAGAUGCAAGAGUUGCCGGAGAAUAUGGAACUUAAGGAUGCAGAUAAACCCAAAGCUACUGCAGAGUCUGGUUUUGUGAACUUCACUGAGAUAACUAAAGAUUUUGAUGAAAAUAAGGAAAACAAAACUCCAGAAGGCACUCAGGGGGACGUUGAUUGGCUGCAGCAGUACGAUAUGGAGAGGGAGAGGGAGGAGCAAGAACUUCAGCAGGCUUUGGCUCAGAGCCUCCAAGAACAACAGGAGGCGCGGGAGCAGAAAGAGGAUGACGAUCUUAAACGUGCCACUGAAUUAAGUCUACAAGAGUUUAACAGUUCUCUCCUGGAUAGUCUUGGCUCUGAUGAGGACUCUGGGAAUGAAGAUUUUCUAGACAUGGAGUACUCUGAAGCAGAAGCUGAGGAACUGAAAAGAAAUGCUGAGACAGGAGAGCUUCCUAAUUCAUAUCGUCUCAUUAGUAUUGUCAGUCAUAUUGGAGAUACAUCCUCCUCAGGUCACUAUAUUAGUGAUGUAUAUGAUAUUCGCAAGCAGGCAUGGUUCACAUACAAUGACCUGGCAGUAUCAAGAACUCAAGAGGCCUCUGUGCAGAGUGAUAGAGACCGGAGUGGCUACAUCUUCUUCUAUAUGCACAAGGAUAUAUUGGAUGAAUUGCUCGAAACAGAAAAGAACCUGCAACUGCCUGGUGUGGAGGUGGGAAAGCCAGUUUGACAGCCCCUGUGAAGAAUGCCCCUCUCCCUGAGCACAAAGAGUUAAGAACUUUUGCCUAACACACAGGAGCCACAGACCUGAGGAACUCAGGGCAUAGCUGAGAGACAAACUGCUUCAGAUAAGAAAGGGCUAUUCCACCCCUUUCUUUGAACUUCAGCAGUUAAUCUUCUGUUAUCCAGAGUUUUAAAAAAAAUGUUUUUUUCCCCCUGUUUUGCUACUCAGUUUUACCUGCAGUGGAGAGGAUCAAGCUAGAGCAUUUAAAAACUUCUUCCAAAGCUUAUGAAAGCAUAAUAUGAGAGAAGACCACAAGAUCACCUAUUAACAAGCGGAGAAGAUCUUACAUAUGGGUUGACUUUCUUUCUACAGGAGAAAAAGAAAAAAAAAGCAGUGGCCUGUAAGCCACUGUAAGUACAUGCAUAAUAUUCCCUGGAAAGUGCAGGUGGCUGACUGGUUAAAUGGAAGGAGCAGGCUUUGCUAGAACAGAUGGGCAUGGACACCUAUGAUUUGUAACACUCCAGAACCCUUCAUUUUCGUCAUUUCAAAUAAUAUAUACAUAUGUGUAUUUU